CUGACCAGAACACAAGAAUUACUUUUGAAGACGGCACGGAUGGCCACACUGUUAAUGAAAUAGAGAAAGAGUGUCUUAACCUAACAGCAAAUGAGGUAAAUUCGUCUGAACUGAGUGAGGCGGAUGCUUUUGCACAAAUCUUAGAGAGAAUAUUAACUAUCGAGGAGAAGCUCAACACAAAAAUUGAUGACGUGGCACUGCAG